AUUUUGUUUCAAUUGCUGUUUGCUAGGGUUAAAGUUCAAACACUCCAAUAAGAGUUAAGACAGCGACAGACUAAUAAACCUGGAGACGGAGGGUUAAGGAAGGGUUUAAAUGUCUUUCUGAUUUGGGGAGGUGUGGCCUGGUGGGGUUUCUUUAGCCACAGAAAGGCUCCAGUGAUGCUCGGGUUCCUCAGGCUGAGGGCGGCGGGAGGUGCAGCUGUGCCCCCCCCGCUGUGCCCCGUGAGGCCCCACGUGCGGAGCUGUGCCCAGCUGUGCCCAGCAGCAGCAGGAUGUGCCUGUGGAGCAGGGCCGGAGGAGGCCGUGGGGAUGGAUGCGUGGAGGCCUGGAGCAGCUGUCCCCUGCAGCCAGGCUGGGAGAGCCGGGGCUCUCCCGCCUGGGGAGGAGCAGGGUGCGGGGAGGCCUCAUUGCGGCCUUGCAGCGCCCAAAGGGGGCAGAGAGCGAUGGGGGAAGGGGAAGGGUUUUAGACGAGGAGGGGGAGAUUGGGAUCAGAUGUUCGGAAGAGCUGUGAGGGCGGUGAGACGUUGGAACAGGCUGCCCAGAGGAGCUGUGGAUGCCCUGUCCCUGGAGCGUUCCAGGCCGGGCUGGGCAGGGCCCUGAGCACCCUGGCCUGGUGGGUGGCAGCAGCAGCAGCAGGUGAUUGUUGAGGUGCCUCCAUGGCCUUCUGGAGCUCCAUGGCUGAGCGCAGCGGACAGCAGUUACCUGGGCAUGGAAUGUUGCCACCGGUUGCCAGGGGCACUCCUGGUCCCAAGGUUCUGUUGGCACGGAGUCUGUUGAGCCAGUUGACGGAUUCUCUGCUGCGCAGCAGACGCGGAGCAUCCGUCUUCUCCAUCCCGGGAGGGAAUAGAGAGCCAUUUGCUGACAUUUGCGAGCCAAACUCUGGACUGACCGUACGGGUUUGGAAGAGCAGUUUUCUGUCACUCCGAAAAAUCGGCAGUGGGCUGCCCAAAGGAACCAAAGGGAUUGAUCACAUCCCUGACAUUCCCUUUCUUUUGGAGUUUGUCCCACUUACUUUGACGCAUCAGCGAAAGCGCCCUGGAGGAGCAAUUGAUUCCAGACCAGCUCGGAAACGGAGCAGGCUGCUGCCCUCCAGCGCAGGUGGGACUUCGCAGACGGAGCCAAGAGACCUUGAGGAAAGUGCUACAGCUGCUUUUGAGCCUGAAGUCAUAGAUCUCACAGGUGAAGACACCAUAGAUCUCACAGGUGAAGAAGAAGUCAUAGAUCUCACAGGCGAAGACGUCGGUGAAGAAGAAGUCAUAGAUCUCACAGGUGAAGACGUCGUAGAUCUCACAGGCGAAGAAGUCAUAGAUCUCACAGGUGAAGAAGAAGUCAUAGAUCUCAGAGGCGAAGACGUCGUAGAUCUCACAGGCGAAGAAGUCAUAGAUCUCACAGGCGAAGACGUCAUAGAUCUCACAGGUGAAGAAGAAGUCAUAGAUCUCACAGGUGAAGACGUCAUAGAUCUCACAGGUGAAGAAGUCAUAGAUCUCACAGGUGAAGACGUCGUAGAUCUCACAGGUGAAGAAGAAGUCAUAGAUCUCACAGGUGAAGACGUCAUAGAUCUCACAGGUGAAGACGUCAUAGAUCUCACAGGUGAAGAAGUCAUAGAUCUCACAGGUGAAGAAGAAGUCAUAGAUCUCACAGGUGAAGACGUCAUAGAUCUCACAGGUGAAGAAGUCAUAGAUCUCACAGGUGAAGAAGUCAUAGAUCUCACAGGCGAAGACGUCGUAGAUCUCACAGGUGAAUCUUCGGAGCCUGAAGUCAUCAUUAUCAGUGACGAUGAGUCUCCUAUGGACAGGGAGCAGAGCCAGCAGCAGCUGCAUCUUUCCAGAGCAUCAGCCGAGCCACUGGCAAGGGAUGAUGAAGAAGAACCAAGAGACAUUGAUGGUUCCGCUCUCUCUAGUGAUUGGCUGCUAUUUGAUUUCGAUCUUCCAUAUUGGUCAGAUGAGGACUCAGAGGUGAGGAUCCACAUGUCCUUGUCCUUUCUGGUUUUUGGGAGGGAAAGGGACAAAAGGGGAGCUGCACAACUCAGUUGCUUUAGGUGGGACGGGGAGCAGAACCAGCAGCACCCACAUGUUUCCAGUGCAUCAGGGAAUUCAGCUGAUCUACUGGCAAGUGAUGAUGAAGAGGAACCAAGAGAGGUUGAUGGUGCGUGGCCAGCAGGUCCUGCUAGUCCUCUGGCUGAGGAGAAUGAGGACUCAGAGGACUGGGAGCCCCCACAUUUUUUCAGAACAGCAGAGAAUUCAGCUGAGCUACCUGCAAGGGAUACUGAAGAGGAACCAAGAGAUAAUCAAGGAUGGCCAGACGGUGUAUACGUUGCUCUGCUUCCGGUGUAUUAUUACCCAGGGUGGUGGUAUUUGCAGCAACAGCUACAUUUCGUCAGAGCAGUGCUAGCGAUGGGGAACAAUGAAGAGGAACAAAGAGAUAAUGAUGAUGCGUGGCCAGCAGGUCCUGCUAGUCCUCUGGCUGAGGAGAAUGAGGACUCAGAGGACUGGGAGCCCCCACAUUUUUUCAGAACAGCAGAGAAUUCAGCUGAGCUACCUGCAAGGGAUACUGAAGAGGAACCAAGAGAUAAUCAAGGCAGAUGGCCAGACGGUGUAUACGUUGCUCUGCUUCCGGUGUAUUAUUACCCAGGGUGGUGGUAUUUGCAGCAACAGCUACAUUUCGUCAGAGCAGUGCUAGCGAUGGGGAACAAUGAAGAGGAACAAAGAGAUAAUGAUGAGGCACAGCCAGCAGGUCCUGCCAGUCCUCCAGCUAGUGAGGAUGAGGUCUCAGAGUGCAUGGACAGGAAAGGAGAAAUGUUACACUGAACAGCCAGGAGCAGGUGGCUGGCUCUGGUAAUGGAGCAGGAGCUAAUGAUGUACCUGUGGCUGACUUAGCCCCUGCAGAACAGGGAGCAGAGGAGGAGGACACUGAAAGUUCAGAUGCACAGCAAGGAGUUGUCAUUAGGUGUCCGAUUUGCAUGGAAUAUUACUCAGAG